AUUUGCAUCCAUGACCUUAGCAAGAGGAGUAAGGUCCCUGAGCGAAUCCCGCAAUGUCGGUCUAUUUCUGCAGAAUUUUGCGACUAUUUUAGGACCGGCCGGUGGAACAAACUCCAGAAACAUGGGAAAGUCCAGUAAGGCGAAGGGAAGCAAAGGAAAAGAUGCCCAGCCUGUUAUAUACUGCUCACAGGCAGAUGCUGGAAAAGCUGCUUCAGAUAGCCCAAUCUCCACUGAUAAAUCUGGCAAUGUCAUGCUGAAGAUUGUAGCCAAACCAGGAGCCAAAGAAAGUAAAGUUACUGACAUAUCAUGUGAGGGUGUUGGGGUACAAAUUGGUGCUCCCCCUAUGGAUGGAGAGGCCAAUGCAGAACUUGUGAAGUUUCUUGCCUCAGCACUUGGAGUUCGGAAGAGUGAUGUGAGCCUAGAGAGGGGAUCGAAAUCAAGACAGAAGACAGUAUGUGUGAGCGGGUUACAAGCAGAGGAUGUGGAGACAAAGAUUAGAAAUUUAUGUUCUUAAGUUUCUUAUUUUUUCAUCAUCAGCCAUUAGAUUGUAAGCUCUUCUUCAACUGUGUAUCAUCAUUAAAGUAAAAAAAGAAAAAAAAAA